ACUUUCUCACUCACUUAUGACGUUGUUAGAUCACGCAACCAGCUGAGAGACCUUGCUUAAAUCAACAUACAUCAAAAAUGAAAUAGAAAAUUUUAAUUAUAGUCUAUUAACCAAAAAUAAAAUUAACAACAAUAAAAACAGUUAUUUAAAAUUAUCAAUCUCAUUAAAUUUUAUUGUUUUUUAUUAAUUAUAAAUUGCAAUUAUAAAUAAUGGGAAAUGCAGGAAGUAAUCAGCCAGUGAUUCAUCAUAACAGUCAAGUUGUUAAAGAGCCACAUCGUCAUAGCAAAGAACAACAUCAUCCACCAUCACCUGGAAAAGAUGGACAAGCAUUUACAUUUGCAAAAAAACCAAAUCCAAAACUUGUUUUUCAAUCAUCCCAAGAUGAAGAAGAUACUUAUUUUUCAAAGGAUGGUGAAUAUACUGGUCAAAGACCAAGAUCAAAUACAGUUUCUGAAGGAACAAAAGUUCCAGAUAGCAAAGUUUUACCAACUGUAUUUAAAUGGGAAGGUGGUGGAAAACAAGUUUACAUAAGUGGAACAUUUUCAGGCUGGAAAACAUUACCAAUGGUUAAAAGCCAUGGUGAUUUUGUAACAAUUAUUGAUUUACCAGAAGGUGAACAUCAGUAUAAAUUUUAUGUUGAUGGAGAAUGGAGACAUGAUCCUGGUUUGAAUAUUGUUGACAAUGGACUUGGUGCAAAAAAUAAUAUGGUAUCUGUUAAAAAAUCUGACUUUGAAGUAUUUCAAGCACUUGCUAAAGACAGUGAGGGUAUUAUAAGUAGUGCACAAACAGAAUAUAGCCAAGAUAUACCAACACAAAAACCUUGGGAAAAAGUUGCUGGUCCUCCAAUUCUUCCACCUCAUUUACUUCAAGUUAUUUUAAAUAAAGAUACACCAUUAUCUUGUGAACCAACACUUUUACCAGAACCAAAUCAUGUUAUGUUGAAUCAUCUUUAUGCUCUCAGUAUAAAAGACAGUGUUAUGGUUCUUUCAGCAACCCAUCGUUAUCGUAAAAAAUACGUAACGACACUACUUUAUAAGCCAAUUUAAAUUAACUCAACAAAAAAAAAUUAUGUAUCAUAAACAAAAGAAAAAAAAAACAAUAUACAAUUUUAAAAACAAAAUACG